AACAGCGAAUCGACUCAGGCAAUCGAGAUCCACAUGUUCCCAUGCUCACCGAGCAGUUUGUUGCCGCAGUCGGCGUCCCUACGCGGGCGCCUGGCACAAAUGCCACCAAAGAUGUCGGCAUCUUCAUCAACGAGUCUCAACCGCUGAACGCGCAGAGAACGGUCUUCAAGAAAAGCGCAACGCUGCCGAAUGGCCUGGCCAUCAGCGCAACACAUGUCUUUGCCGCGCAAGCGGGUAAGGGCGUGGUCCAUGUCUACCAACGGCAGAAGGGGAAUCAGGAAGCAACCGUGCCUUUCACCGAAAAGCUCACCUGCAUUGCGCUUGCGUGCAACGAUACAGUCCUCGUCUGUGGAACGGCUGAGGGGCGAAUCUUUCUUUGGGAGAUUGCAAGUGGACGACAAGUGACUACGGCCCAGUCCCAUCUUCAGGCCGUCAACGCGCUCGCCGUCGAUCCUACGUCCAACUUCCUGCUAUCCGCCUCUGCGGAUUCCACCGUCCAUACUUGGUCAAUCCCAAAGUUGCUGUCCUUCUCCGACUCUGGCAUCGAGCCGCUCUCCCCGUCGACCACUUUCACCUCCCACAACGCCAGUGUCAAUUGUCUGGCUGUUGGACAUAGUGCAACCUCCUGCAACAUCGCAGUGUCUGGCUCGUCUGAUCAGACUUGUCUUGUCUGGGACUAUCACACAAACACCCUCCUUCGAACCUUCCUGCUCACUUCUAUCCCGUUGAGCUUGGCUUUGGAUCCGGCAGACAGGGCAAUCUACGUUGGCCAUCAAGAUGGUAGCGUCCAGCAACUGAAUCUAUUUGCGUCGGAGGGCCAACCGCGCCAACUUCUCAUGAACCGUGCACAGAGGACGACGAGCGCCGCUCCACCCAUCCAGCCCCCGCCUACUUCAAUAUGGAGAUCUCCGGAUAGCACGCUUGGACCGGCUCUCUGCGUCAGCGUCUCAUUCGAUGGGAACACCGUGCUGUCCGGUCAUGAAAAUGGAAACAUGCUGAUGUGGGAUGUUGCUCGACCAGCUUCUCCGGCCAGCCUGCUACCACUACCACACGCUGGCCCGAUCACAAAUGUUUCCUUCUUGCCAGCUAUCGGUUUCACGAACGACACACGCCGGACUGUGACGAUCUCUACUGUUACGAAGCCUAAAUUUGGUGCUUUUGAUAGCGCCAUGGGUAUCGUCCCGGACAACUAUGCGCUCAAUGUUGAGUUAUCUUUGAAACAUCCAGGCUCACGGAUAUCUCCAUUUGAACAAGCCCUGCAUGGUCCAACAUUUCCGGUGCAUAUGAUUGACGAAGGCCUACAUGAGCUUCUCCACUGGGGUCAAGACCACGGCGGUAAUGCUCUACUUCAAGCCGAAUUGGACGCCUUGCGAAGACUUCAGAAAGCAAGCUUUGAGAAGAUCGAAAAGGUCAAUGCCGAAAAGAGGGCGCUUCUUGAUCGCGAGCAUAAAAGACUGGCAGGAGUUCACUCGCUGGACACCAAUGGCCAUCUUGAUCCAGAAAGCCCAUGA